AUGGCCCCGGACUCCAGAGUCCUAAUCACCGAGCAAGUCAUGCCCAAUCCGCCCACGGCCCUGAAUGCCUGGACCGAUCUCUGCAUGAUGAACCUCGGUGGCAAGGAGCGGACCGAGAAGAUGUUCGAUGACCUGACAGCGAGUGCUGGGUUGAAGAUGGUCGGCGUACACAAGAGCUUGGCGACUGAUGUUGCGGUUAUCGAAUGCGUCAAGGUGUGA